AUGGUUAACUCUUGUUGUGGCUCUGCCUGCUCCGAACAGGGCUGUGAUCAAGGCCUCUGCCAAGAGACCUGCUGCCGCCCCAGCUGCUGCCAGACCACCUGCUGCCGCCCCAGCUGUGUUGUAUCCAGCUGCUGCCGCCCAUCCUGCUGUCAGACUACCUGCUGCCAGACCACUUGCUGUCGCCCCAGCUGCUGCCGCCCAGUCUGCUGUCAGACCACCUGCCACCCCAGCUGUGGUGUGUCCAGCUGCUGCCGCCCAGUCUGCUUCUGCUGUCAGACCACCUGCCGCCCCACCUGUGGUGUGUCCAGCUGCUGCCGCCCACUCUGCUGUCAGACCACCUGCUGCCGUACAACUUGCUGCCGCCCCAGCUGCUGUGGAUCCUCUUAUUGA